CAAAAUGUGACCUUGAGCUCAAGUGAUUUCAUAACUCUAUUUUAAGUAUCCGAGAGUAACGUGUGGUAUCUCGGUAUGCCUCGCUGUCGUAAAGAAAAAAAGAUUCCUUACAGGACUGAUGAUAUGGUACAAAACGUCAGAAGUUCUUUUAUUAGAGAAGGAGAAAAUAAUUUGCGCAAUUACUCGGAACCUGUUGACGAUCGCAUGAAAGAUAUAUUCGUACAAUGCCAGUGAAUUGAGAAAAUCAGCAUAUUAUGCAAAUCAUUAUAAUCUGUAGUCAUUUAUACCUUUUAUACUACUUCUGUAUAUAUCCGAUUAUCUGUAAUUUGGGACAGCUAUAUUUAAAAUGUAUCCUGGAAUAUGAAUUCCAUGAGCAAGUGAAAAAGUACACACUAUCAUAUAUUGAUAUUGAAUUUCUACCAUUAUCUAAUGUUGUAGGAUGCGUAUGAUCGUAUGAAACCGUCAAAUAUGUACAACGACAUGUCAAAUAAAGCAAGGUCGUAUUCAAAAUGGAAUGAUUAUGAUCGCUCGCGUCCGAUCGAUUCGUACAGUAGAAAUAUUCGAGACGGAUUUGAGCCACGAAACGCCUCUCCAUACGCAAAGAAUUUAAUGGGUGAUUUACCAACAACAAGAAAUAUUCGAGACGGAUUUGAACCACGAAACACUUCUCCAUACUCAAGGAAUUUAAUGGGUGAUUUACCAACAACAAGAAAUAUUCGAGACGGAUUUGAACCACGAAACGCCUCUCCAUACUCAAGGAAUUUAAUGGGUGAUUUACCAGUACCUAGAAGCACUUAUACUGCACAUGAACCGCGCCGCUUAUCACCAUAUGCCAGUCGUUCAAAUAAUUUAAUGGGAGAUUUGCCGGACGUUCAACACAAUCGGGAAACUUAUGAACCUCACUAUAUUCCUGUGAAAUUAAAUCGUUCAAAUAAUUUAAUGAAUAAUGUGUCAGAACCUAGAAAUAUUCGAGACGGAUUCGAACCACGAAACGCCUCUCCAUACUCAAGGAAUUUAAUGGGUGAUUUACCAACAACAAGAAAUAUUCGAGACGGAUUUGAACCACGAAACGCCUCUCCAUACUCAAGGAAUUUAAUGGGUGAUUUACCAGUACCUAGUUCUGUUUCUAGUAAUGGAAACACAUAUUCGUACUCUAUUCCACAACGUCCCAAUUUGAAAAUAGUUCGCGAAGAGGAUACAUUUAACAGAUAUAUGGAUUAGAAUAAAACAUGACGUUAAUUUCAUCACUUUGACAAAUACACCAGAAUUAAUAGUGAUUUGAAACAAAUAACACAGUAGUAUCAUAAAAUUAUGGAUAAACUAUAUAUGAGUGUAGACAAAUUAUUUUUUAAGAAUAUUUAAUAUUUUUUAGUUAUAUGUAAAAUAAGAUUUUAAUUUAAUCAUUUAUUUGUAUUUUGUUUUAAAUAUAGAAAAAUAUUUAAUA